UUCCUUCCAUGACAAACGUCCAUCACUACCAAGAGAUCCUACUAGCAAUUUUCCUCGUUUAUCAUCCCCUUUAAAGUUUUCAAAUGAAGACUACUUCCGUAAUAGUCCACCUUACUUUCCUUAUCUUUUGUUUAGCAAACGCACACCAAACCCCAUGGCCUAUCACUGUUCUUCUUUUCUCUUUCUUUGCUCUCUCUUUGAACCACUGGUUAGUCCCUGGAGGCUUUGCAUGGAGAAACCACAAUUAUCAUAAAAAACUAGGUGGUCCAACUGGUUGGCCUAUACUAGGAAUCUUGCCUCAAAUGGGUUCACUUGCUCAUCGCAAAUUGGCUGCCAUGGCUAGCUCAUUAGGUGCAACCAGGCUUAUGGCAUUCAGUUUAGGCACAACUCGUGUGAUCAUUAGUAGCCAUCCAGAAACAGCCAAGGAAAUCCUUUCUGGGUCCGCUUUCUCUGACCGUCCUAUAAAGGAAUCAGCUCGUUUGUUGAUGUUUGAACGUGCCAUUGGUUUUGCUCCCUCGGGGAACUACUGGAGAAACCUACGUAGAAUUGCUGCAAAUUACAUGUUUUCCCCUAGGAGAAUCUCUGCCCUAGAGCCACUAAGGCAACGUUUGGCUGAUGAAAUGGCAGUGGAAGUGAGAAAGGAGAUGGAGGAGAAAGGGAUUGUAAUGUUGAGAGGGAUAUUUCAAAAGGGUUCUGUAAGCAAUGUACUGGAGAGCGUGUUUGGGAUCAGCUACUCCUGUUCAGAGAAAGAGCUAUUAAGCACCAUGGUUAAAGAAGGAUAUGAGUUAAUUACAAUGUUUAAUUUGGAAGACUAUUUUCCUAUAAAAUUUUUGGACUUUUAUGGAGUGAAGAGAAGGUGCUAUGAAUUGGCGGGUAAGGUUAAGAGUGUUCUGGGUGAAAUUGUAAGAGAAAGAAAAGCAGCUGAGGACUUGAAUAGUGGAAGUGACUUUCUCAGUGCCUUGCUUUCUUUGCCUGAGCAGGAGCAGCUAAGUGAAUCUGAUAUGGUGCCAGUUCUAUGGGAAAUGAUAUUCCGAGGGACAGACACAGUAGCCAUACUUCUGGAGUGGAUUAUGGCUAGAAUAGUAAUGCACCAAGAAAUCCAAGCAAAAGCUCAGCAAGAGCUAGACACCUGCAUCGGCUUCAACAGGCAAGUUCAAGAUUCUGAUAUCCCUAAUCUUCCCUACCUCCAAGCCAUAGUCAAGGAAGUAUUAAGAAUGCACCCUCCUGGCCCACUACUCUCCUGGGCCCGCCUUGCAGUGGAGGACGUCCACGUCGACAAAGUCUUCAUCCCAGCUGGCACGACGGCGAUGGUUAACAUGUGGGCGAUAACCCACGACCCAUCCAUCUGGAAGAACCCAUGGGAGUUCAACCCGAAUCGGUUCUUGAAAGAGGACGUGCCAAUAAUGGGUUCGGAUCUAAGGCUUGCACCAUUUGGAUCGGGUCGCAGGGUGUGUCCAGGGAAGGCAUUAGGGUUGGCAACGGUGCACCUGUGGCUGGGGCGGCUUUUACACCGAUACAAAUGGCUGCCGGCACAGCCGGUAGAUUUGUCCGAGUGCUUGAAGCUUUCCCUUGAAAUGAAAAAACCAUUAGCUUGUCGCGUGGUUGAUCGCUGGAGCAAAACGAUGUCGUAAAAGUGUCAUGAUGAAACAAAUAACCGGUGGGUCAAGUGUAAAAUGAAGUGGUGGUAGUAAAGGACGUGGUGGCGCGCACUACGUCUAGAGUUUGUGUAAUAAACAUAUUAUUAAGUGGGUCAAAUCAAAGCAAAGCUUCUGUUUGUUAUUGGCCAACCUCAAAGCUUGUAAUAGCUAAUUAUGUGCUUUACAUAAUAAUUGAUAUUGAUGGCUGUAAA